UCGGAUCCGUGUUAUGAAUUAAUUAUUCAUUAUUUUUGUAAAGAGAGUGGUAAUUGAAGUUACAUAAUCAACUAAUCUCAUACAUUUAUUAUUAUUAUUCUGUUAGCCAAGAGUAAUGUCAAUUUGCCAAUGCAAUAUUAUGCCAAAGUAACAGCUGACUGAGCGUCAAAAGCUCAGUAACAAAAAAAUAUAGCAAAAUCUUCUUUUAAUAUUAUGGGUGACGAAAAUUCAAAUUCUCGUAAAAAAUGUGAAGUAAAGAAAUACAAUGUAAUAAUAAUAGGAGGUGGUAUGGCUGGGCUAGCCUCAGCCAAUCAUUUUAUCAAGAAUGGUAUGGACGACUUUGUAAUAUUAGAAGCUAGAAAACGCAUCGGUGGAAGGAUUAUUUCUAUACCAAUGAAAAAUCACAAUGUUGAAUUAGGAGCUAACUAUAUUCACGGAGUUCUCGGUAAUCCGAUAUACGAAUUGGCGACGAAAAAUGGUCUUGUAAACAUAAUAAAUAUACCUAAACCGCAUAAGGUUAUUGCGGCUACAGAAAAUGGUAAGCAAGUGCCCUUCGGUGUAUUACAUGAAAUCCACGAAGCUUAUGUUUGUUUCUUAAGGCGUUGCGAGGAGUAUUUUUUAUGCCAAUACCUUCCCCCACCCGACAUACAUAGUGUGGGUGAACAUAUAAACCUUGAAGCAACCAUAUAUUUAGAACGCCUCCCGACGUCAGAAGAAAAGAAAUUGAGAAGAUUAAUAUUCGAUUGCUUGUUAAAACGUGAGACUUGUAUAUCGGGAUGCAAUUCAAUGGAUGAUAUUGAUCUGUUAGAAUUAGGCAGUUACACUGAACUACAAGGUGGUAAUAUUGUGAUACCCUCAGGUUAUAGUUCUGUUUUAGAACCUAUGACUAAAAAUAUAUCUCCUGACAAAAUAUUGUCUAAUCAUCCAGUGACAAAAAUUAUUUGGGAUUCAGAACAACAAAGUAGUUUAAGAAAUUUCGAAGAUGUAGGAGAAGAAUCGGAAGAUUCAGAUCAAACUGUGAUAGAAGACAUCUCUAAAGCUACCUCUGAAAGGGCAGGUGAUUCCAGUGAAAGUAAUGUUAAUACUUCAGAAAAACUCAGCAAAAAGUUAUCUCAUUGUGUUGAAGUUAUUUGUGAAAAUGGACAAAGUUUAUAUGCAAAUCAUGUGAUAUGUACUGUACCAUUGGGUGUGCUCAAAGAAACAGCUGGGUCAUUAUUUGAACCUGCGCUGCCACAGUAUAAGUUAGAGUCAAUAGAACGAUUAUUAUUUAGUGCUGUUGAUAAAAUUUACUUAGAAUAUGAAAGGCCUUUUUUAAAUCCAGAUAUAACUGAAAUUAUGUUGCUCUGGGAUAAUGCACAAGUUUCUGAAGAUAUUUCAAAAUCAUGGUAUAAAAAGAUAUAUUCAUUUGUUAAAGUGACAGAAACUCUAUUAUUGGGUUGGCUUUCUGGAAAGGAGGCUGAAUAUAUGGAAACAUUGUCAAGCGAUGAAGUGGCAAGUACUUGUACAAAGAUCUUGCGUCAAUUUCUAAAUGACCCAUUUGUUCCUGCACCUCAAUGUUGUGUGUGUACAAGUUGGAAAAAGCAGCCUUAUACAAGAGGGUCUUAUACAGCUAUUGCUGUUGGUGCUAGUCAAAGUGAUAUUGAAAGUUUAGCACAACCACUGUUUAGAAAUGUACACGAUAAAAAGCCAGUGUUACUCUUCGGUGGAGAGCACACACAUAGCAGUUUCUACUCAACAGUGCAUGGCGCUUAUCUCUCCGGUCAAGCAGCUGCAAGGCGACUGCUAGUUCCGGAUGUGACUGCAGAGAAUGUUCUGGAUUGCCCCGAGUCAAGCGACUUAAAUACUUGGAUACAAGGCAUACAGCUAGAUGGUUAACAAAGAACUUUAAAAAGAGACGUCACUCUCUUUUUAUACUUGUAUAACAUGACACAGGAACUUCGCCUAUUAAAAAAGACAUGAAUUUGUAUAAUAACCGUUCCUUAUUUAUAUUAUAUGUAACACUUUGUUCGAGGCUAAUUAUAUUCCGAUUAUGCUUUUAAAUGAUAUAGACAGUAAUAUACAAUAAGAUUAAGUAGAAAUUACAACUACUUAUUUCCAUUUUGAUCUCCAUAAAAUUUGUUUUCAAAUGUAAUUUUUGUGAAGAUAAUUUUACAGAUAUACUGCUGGUAUAAAUGGUAGCUUGCGACUCAACGCUUGUUAAUUGGCUCGAGAGGUCAUAGGUCUGCUUAUCUUCUAUUUUUUCUGUUUUGUAUUAAAUACUCUUAAACGUUUAAGAAUCAAGGUCAAUCCGUCAUAUAUAAAUUUGAAAACUGUGUUCAGCCAAAAAAACAAUUGCUUUUGAAAAUUGUGACUAAUCAUGCUACAAUAUACUCAUGUGUGGUGUAAGAAAGAUGUCAAAGGCUAUAUUUUAAUUUUUGUAUUGAAAAAAAUGAAUUAAACUAUUUAUUUCGAUUCAUAUGGAAUUUGUCGUAGUUAUAUGCAACCACAUGACCUAAUAAUCAUUUUGAUUGUACAAAUUGUACAUAUUAAUAUUAAAUUAUAUAGUAAUCUGUGUUACCACAAAAAUGUCGUUCACACAAAUGCAUUUUUAGAUUAGCAGUAUUAGGGUAGGUUAAGAUCGUAUGUUAUAUAUUUUUCACGUUUUACUUUUACUAUAUGUAUGUAUAUAAUUAUGUAUUAUUCACACAUACUGUCUCAUACCGCACUAUUUCCAUACGUAGAAGGUUAAGUGCCUGAAUAUAACGGAUCUUACAAUUCAUUUCGUUACACAAGGUGCAUAAUGCAUUAAGUUCGCGCUAUGAUAGAAAAUUACUCUGUUAAAAAUUCAAUUGAGUCUAAAUGUAUUAUUUUGUUUCAAUCAAUAUUGUUGUAAUCUAAUUUAUAUAAAACAAAAUUAUAUAUAUUUCUUUUUUCUUUACGUAAACAAAUGAGUUGAUGUGUUUUGAUUUUAAAUGAUGUGGCAAAUUUUAUCGUAGUAAAGCGAUGUAAAAGAAUUUUGACAUAAAUGCAAUAAAAUA